AUGCUGUGCCACUUCUUUGCACAGUCCAUCAGAUGCCUCAGAGCUGGUCUUGCGGUGCCGCCCUUCCGUACCCCGGUGGAAAGGCGGUGGUGCAGCAAUACUGACAACUCCUCCACGAUUGACACAGUUCAUCCCGCACUCGUGUGUGAGUUACAAGAGAUUUUGGACCGCAUACCAGACGGGACGUGGAUGUCCGUCGGGUCUCUGUACAACGACUUGUCUCUCGAGAGCCGUCGUCAGCACGUGCGUCCCCACAAGACACUGGCAGCCGCACUAUCAAAGGCAAAAGGACUUGGUAUUUGCCUGGAUAGAAGUGGUCUCCGGUUUUACAAAGGCACUCCGCCACAGGAAACUGAAACGCCAGAAAGGAAAGAGGAAGAGGUAAAAAGCAACAGCAGCAAGGUUCCCCCUCCAGAUAUCGAAGGAGGUUAUUUCGUGCAACCAGCAGGCCGGUUGGUGGUGGAGGGGGUGAACGAAAUCCAGCCUGUGGACUUUUAUUAUGACGUUGGCCUAAGGAAGUACCCACCACCACCCCCGGACUUCAAUGUGACGACGUCUACACUGCCUGUCCCGAAGGCAACGGGAAGUGGGGCGGUUCUUGCCUUAAGCAGCUUCGUCACUCAUAUUCCUCCAUUCUUUGUUCCACUGGACGACGUGCUUGGGCAAAUGCCAGGCUACACGGAAGAGCACAUUGAGAUGUACUUCAAGCACCGUGCCUCCGAGGUGGUGUCUGUACAUGGGCGCAAGUAUAUCAGGCUUUACGGAGGGUACGCUAAGUUCCCACUUGAUGGAUGUGAAGUGGCGGAGGAGCGGUUUGCCGCAUACAAACCAGAUCCAAAGUUUCUGCAGCCGUUCAUUACCGCCUUCGGUGGGGUUACGGGGCGGUGGAUGCCACUCCGCAUCCUCCUCGAGCGCACUGGGUAUGAAGUGGUGUCUUUACUACCCUUCAAGGGGCCAGCUGCCAUCAUUUAUUUUGCGCAGAUGCAACAUGUGUUUGCAUUUGCCGUCGAUCGCGAUGGCGGUUCGGUGCUGUUACGCCCACCAGGGUACGAUUCCCUUGAGUGCGAAACAACGCCAACUCCCAAAAGCUGCAACUAUAUUCUACGUCUUGUGCCGCAGGAAGGACAGGUAGAUAUCAGCCACAUUGAGAAGUCUAUACCUGCUUCUGUCAGGGAAGAGGUAGAGCUCUACUAUGGUUCACUCAUGAAGUUCUUUAGUUUCCACGCCGCUGUGUUUUCUCUUAGCGCGAACGGUGAUGUGGUGAUGCGGCGGCGCUUCAAAGACCGCCUCGACAAGGAGCAUUUGUCACUGGAGGAGCAGCUCGAAAUCGCUAUACAGGAAAGGAAUAAAAAGAAGAUUCGUUCCCUGAGGCGUCGUAUCGCAUUUCGAAAUGACCCAGCUAAUCCCUUUCAUGACCCCGACAACCUAGCGCGUGAGCUCCACCGCUACCUGCCCAAGAAGGGUCACGUUCCACUCAAAACGUUUUUAAAGAAGAGUGUCCCCGAGGAACUACUAAAUUACCUGCCGCGGAGGUUUUGGAGCUUCUUCAAUAACUAUCCACAAUAUUUCCAGCACUUUGAAUACCAGAUUGCGGGGCAGUGGUGCGUGAGCCGCCCAGGGCAACCGCUUCCUCGGGGUGUCAUCCGCCAGGACUUCUCCGAAGAAGACUUGGUGCGUCUUAUAGCAGAAUACCUGCAACAGCGUGGCCCGAAGGCAUGCUCAAACAUAAUCCUGCAUCUUCCUCGCGGAGCCCAAGAAGCGGUGCGGAAGAGAUAUGGUGGAUUAUUUUACCUUGUACAGAGUUUCCCGCGCUACUUCAAUGUUGUGCUUCCCGCCACCACGGGUAACGUGAGGAGCAUGGCAAUGGUUCACCUUGUGGAAUUGCCUGGUUCUGAUUUCGACGCGACCAAAAAGCAAUAUAACAGCUGCGAUGACACUGUUUUGGGCGAUGAGGAGGAGGAUGGAGACGAAGACGACUAG